CUGCGAGGUACCUACGAACAGGGCCUGGCAGGGAAGCACGGCCGGGAGCGCAACAGAGCAAGCAGCGGCACCGGUAAACACGUGAAGUAGUACCCAUAUGUACCGAGGCAAGAAAGAGGAUAUAUUUCUAACACCUUUGUAUCGCUCAGCCUUGUUGCUUUAUCUAUAAUAAUAAAGUGGAGUGAAAGCCAACUCAUCGGAUUAAUCUCUACUAGAUCGAUCAAAGUGGACAUGGUGAUCAAUCAAAGUGAAGAUUCGUCUCUACUGGAUCCAACAUUAUUCCCACUGUUACUUUUUGAUUAUGACUAUUACGAGCCUGGAGGAGACAGUACGGAUGAUAGCAUCGAUGGUGACCUUGAGGAUCAAGAAGAUCAUGACGGAAGUGAUGAAAGUGAGAAGAGUGACAAUGAUGAUGAGACCAGCGAAGCAAAUGGCGCAUUCUUCUUCUACAGUAUAACCAAGAGACUCUUGCUACGCAAGAGAGUAGAUCAUCUGAAAGACCACCUCUACUGGACAACACCACAAGGCUGGAUGCUCAUGUCGCACCCAGAUUCACAUGACACCUUCUUGUGGAAUCCAUUCACGCAUGAGAGGAUUGGCCUACCCCCCGACGAAGAUGAUUUCCUUCCAAGUACCAGAAUUAGGUGCUUGCUAUCGCAUAGGCCAACGGAUCCAGACUGUGUGGUGGUGGUUGUGAAUUGCAGAGAUACCAUACUUUGGUAUUGCCAUCCCGGAGCAAAUCGGUGGUCUAGUCACAUGUACGACUAUACCGGAGGAAAUCAGUGGUUUACCAAUAUGCAAGACGUGGUAGCGCAUGACCAAAUUCGUCGGGCCGCCGUUAGAUCAAUGUCGUCUCUCACAGCAGUUGGGGGGAAAUUCUACGCACAUAUGUCUGACAGAGUUGUGAGACUCGAGUUCCUGCCAAACCCAACGUUUACUACAAUCCCGGCCGAGGAAGCUUCAAAUACAGGGUACAGCUACACAUGUUCACACUCCAGCUUGCUAGAGUCUUGUGGUGAGUUGUUCAGCUUGAUUAUGAAGCAUCCAACAGUUUGUGAUCACAAGGUUGCCCAGAUUGAAGUUCAGAAGUUGGACCUAUCAACAAGAGCUUGGGUGAAAGUAGACAAGCUGGACGAUAGGGUAUUCUUCGUUGAUUCCGGCUGCCUUGGCGCAUCACUUGGUGCAAAAGAAGUCGGAUUGAAGGGAAACUGCAUCUAUUUCGUGAGGCGCCAGGACAAGGCGUUGUAUGUUUACGACAUGGAACGAGGAACUACUGCGGUACAUGAUCCAGGGCUAGAUUUACCGGAUGACAUGGCGCCUGAGAUUGUAGUGCCUCCUUCUUGAAUGUUUUGCUGUGUAAUGCGCCUUUUCCCUAAGGGUUUCCUUUUGUGAGAGGAGAUGAUGACACUUUUGAUUCGCUACAUCCCUCUAAACACAUCAAUGGCUCAGAUUAAUUCAUAACCCUUCGUAAUAAAGGGCUGGAUGGUCUGUUUUUUCAAAGUACG